GCUGGUCCGGGUGGAGAAAAAUAGUUAAUGUACUCUCUUACAAUGGGCUGCUUGCCCAAUAUCCAUCAGUCCCAGAAAGAACUUUAUCUUGAAAUCAGAUCUGCUGUGCAGAUAUAGGACUUGACCAGAUCAAAUAAACUACCGUGAAAACUACGUUUUGGAUUUUACAAGCUUUUAGCCCGCUUCCUGGAACCAAAGGAUUCUUGUUAAUUUGACUUUGCUAAUUAACUUUACGUUUGAAGUUACAUGUUUUCUUUAUUUUAAGACUUUAAUGAGAUAAAGUCUCAUGUAGACCAGGCUGUUCUGGAUUUUGCUUUAUAGCCUAGAAUGAUCCUUCUACCUUCCCAGCGCUCCAAAAACAGGUGUAUCCAUCAUUCUGUUUAUUCAGCGCAGGGUUGAACCCAGGACUUUGUUCAUUUGAAGCAAGCACUCUACCAACAGAACUUCAUUCCCAGACUGAAGUUAGUCCUUAAUCAAAGCAAAAAUUUUUACAAACGUCCCUUGUAUGCUCCUUUAUAUUUAAAAAAAAAAAAAAAAGUAGAGGCUCUACUCUGGCGCUCCUGGUUUCCUCAGCGCGGGGAUCUUCGUGCUGGCUAGGGGGUCCUCCGAUCUUGAGCGUCCUGGCCUCCACCCUAUGUCGACUCUGCGCUGGUGAGGCUAGUGUCGGACACCGUGGCCCAGGUGACGCCCUGGGCGACCCUGGAGGCCUCUGCCCGCCUCGGGCACAGCAUCUAUCCCUGAUGUCUGGCUACGCUCCCUCAGGGAGCUACUAAGAAGAAAUAUGGGGAUUGGAGUCUCUGUGGAAGGACCUUCUCCAUUGACCAAAAGCUGUCAGUCACAGCUCCAGGACCUGUGUGGGCGGCUGGGCAAAGUAGGGAGGGGGCUAAAAUUGGCCCUGGGACCAGAUUCUAAACCAGAAGACAGACUCUCACAGCUUUGUGGUAAACGAAGGAAAGGACCAGAGGAAAAGGCCAGCCCCAAGUCAGGGAGAUCGCCUAAAAGGUUCCAGGGUUGUGAGGAGGAGGCGGAAGUGGUGGGAAGAAAGGAACUAGAAGAGAGACCCAAGCUGGAGUCAUCAGAAUCCGCAUCAGAUGCAGGUUGGUAUUCACACAAAAGUGUGGUUUAUUGCUGGAAUAUUUCUACUUUUGACGAUACCUGUAUCCAUGUGUGGAAUUCUUCAACAUCUAGUGCAUUAUACCCAACCCGAGCUGCAGAAACCUAUAAUAAGGAUCCUUUGGAUGGUCCCAAUCUACAGUUUGGAUAGUUGGGUGGCUUUGAAAUAUCCCAAAAUUGCAAUAUACGUGGAUACAUGGAGAGAAUGUUAUGAAGCUUACGUAAUCUAUAACUUUAUGAUAUUCCUUACCAACUACCUGACAAUCCGAUUUCCAAACUUGAUGUUACAUCUGGAAGCUAAAGAUCAACAAAACCAUCUCCCUCCAUUAUGCUGCUGUCCACCAUGGGCGAUGGGAGAAAUGCUGCUCUUCAGGUGCAAGCUAGGAGUGCUGCAGUACACUGUCGUCAGACCGAUCACCACCGUCACCUCCUUAGUUUGUGAAAUUCUCGGAGUAUAUGAUGAGGGAAACUUCAGUUUCUCCAAUGCGUGGACGUACCUUGUUAUAUUAAACAAUUUGUCACAACUGUUUGCCAUGUACUGCCUACUGCUGUUCUACAAAGUCUUAAAGGAAGAGCUCAGCCCUAUACAACCUGUUGGCAAGUUUCUCUGUGUGAAACUCGUCGUCUUUGUCUCCUUUUGGCAAGCAGUACUUAUUGCUUUGUUGGUUAAAGUGGGCGUUAUUUCAGAAAAGCGUACCUGGGAAUGGCAAAGCGCCGAAGCUGUGGCCACAGGCUUGCAGGAUUUCAUAAUCUGCAUCGAAAUGUUCUUUGCGGCAAUUGCCCAUCAUUAUACGUUCUCCUAUAAACCCUAUGUGCAUGAAGCAGAGGAAGGCCCCUGCUUUGACUCCUUCCUCGCUAUGUGGGAUGUGUCUGAUAUCAGAGAAGAUAUUUCUGAACAAGUAAGGCGUGUCGGGAGGACAAUGCGAGGUUACCCGAAGAAGAAAUGUUUCCCUGGAGACCCGGAUCAUAAUGAACACUCCAGCCUACUCUCAGCGUCUUCACAAGACUCUUCCAAGCCGUCCUCACCGGUGGGCCUGUACCAGGGAUUUGGACAGACCAUCACUUCACAGAGCCCCAUUUCAAUAGCCAACCUAUAUGAAGAGAUCUUGAAUGAAAUCCCAGAAGAGCAACAAAGGCUCUACUCAGGCCAGGAUAUCACUAUGGACAUCCCAGAAGAGCAGCCGCGGCAUGAUACAGGCCAGGAUGUCGUUCACCUUCCUUAUAGACAGGAGCUUCCUUAUAAAAACCACUAUCAAGACCACAUACAAACAGUCACUUCACGGUAUUUACUUUCUUCACCAAAGCCAUCUGACGAUAUUGUGAUUGACUUCUCAGACUCUCCAGAGGGUUCGGACUCAUCCACAGACUCAUGAAGCUGCCACCUCCUUUUUAUUGGCAGCGAGAUCUGCACGGUUCAGAAUAUUACAACAUCUCAAAAAUCGGCAAGAAACAUAUGUAUAUGUUUUAUAUACCACAAUGUUUAAACUGUUAGAACAUCAUAUUCAAACAGUAGAUAACAACUACUAAACAUUAAAAAUAAAAUUCAAUCAAUGCUUCAUACCACUGCAUGAAUGUAAUUCUCUGGACUAAAAAUUCAAAUUAAUUGAAUUUAGUCAAAUCCUAAUCAUGUGCCAUUUAACUUUACAUAAUUAUACUGUAUUUAAACUCUUAAAA